AUGAGUUAUGUAACUAAAAAGAAAGACUUGAGUGAUUUUUACUUUGGGCUUGCUAAGAAUGUUGCUUUGGGUGCACGGACACAUGACAGUACAGAAAUUGCAGAACCUGAAAAGUUGGAAAAUAAAGGAGAAGAUGUUCAACCUAGCAAGUCUGAUGCCGAAGGAUCCGGUCAUUCUCCUAAGCGCACGAGGGAAUCCAGUGUAGGAUCAGACAAGGCUCAUGAAAGUAGAAGUGUGGUAGAACCUGCAACUACUGGAUCAAAAGAUUCAACAGCUGCUAGAUCUAUUGAGAAAGAGGCAGAUGUUUCCACAUCUGCUUCACAAGCUCUCCAGAAUGCUCAACCAGCGCCAAUCACUGACGAGCACUAUAAGAGGAGUAAUGAUGCACUUGCUGCUGCUAGAGAACGAGCACUGGCUCGUAAGAGAGCGAAGGAGCAGCAAAUAUGAAGUAAGAUGCAGAUAUAAUCGUAACAUGCCAAAGCUCAGGGCUGUGUAAUACACUUGACCUUUGUUUUCACCCUGCAGCAUUUUCAGUUGAUGAUGCACAUAUCUCUCUUGCAUAAAUAUA